AUAUUAUUCAUUGCGUAAUAAUUUUAAUUCACAGAAAUUCCAAUGAAUAAGUUUCAAUGUUGAAGGCUGUGACGUGGUGAAAGGUCAUUAUUCAUCAACUUAUUGUUUUAAAUAAACAAAAAAUUUUCUACUUUAAUUUUUAAACCUAUACUGUUCAAAUUAUAAAGAAAAUGGGUGAACCAACUAUUGGACCAAAAGAUGGAUUUGAUCCAGUUGAAGAUGGUACUAAGUUACGAACAGCAAUGAAAGGUUUUGGAACUGAUGAACAAGCUAUAAUUGAUGUUUUAACUUCAGUAAAUAAUGUACAACGUCAAGAACUGAGAAAUUUUUUCACUACAGAAUAUGGACGAGAUUUAAUAAAAGAUUUGAAAAGUGAAUUGGGUGGACAUUUUGAAGAUGUAAUUAUUGCAUUAAUGUUACCACCAGUAGAGUAUUUGUGUAAAGAACUUCAUAAAGCAAUGAAAGGGAUAGGAACUGAAGAACACGCUUUAAUUGAAAUUGUAUGCACAAAAAAUAAUGAUGAAAUUAAACAAAUUGUUGACAAAUAUGAAGAAAUGUACGACAGACCAUUGGCUGAACAUUUAUGUAGUGAAACAGGCGGAGAUUUUCGACGUUUAUUAACCUUAAUAAUUACGGGUGUAAGAAACGAUGAAUCAGAAGUAAAUCCUGAAAAGGCUAGAGAGCAAGCAGAAGCUUUAUAUAAUGCUGGUGAAGCUAAAUGGGGUACCGAUGAAGAGAUCUUUAAUAAAAUUUUAGCUCAUGAAAGCUUUGCUCAACUAAAGCUUGUAUUCGAACAAUAUAAAGAAGUCUCUGGCAAUACAAUGGAACAAGCUAUUAAACAUGAAUUGGAUGGUGAAUUAAAGGAAGCUAUGCUUGCUAUCGUUGAAUGCGUACAAAGCCCACCGGCAUUUUUUGCAAAAAGAUUACAUGCAGCUAUGGCUGGUGUAGGAACCGAUGAUAGAACAUUAAUUCGAAUUAUUGUGAGUCGAUCUGAAAUUGAUUUAGGUGAUAUUAAGAAAGAAUUUGAACGAAUCUACGAUAAAACUUUGGAAAGCUUUGUUAAGCAGGGUGAAACUUCAGGUGAUUACAAACGUGCUUUGGUGGCUUUAAUUGGAGGAGCAUAAAUGUAAUGAAGAAUUUUAACACGUUCAACGCACCAAAAACAUUUUAUAUCUCAUUAGUUGCUUAGAAUUGGUAUUUUGGAUUUUAUUUACUCUUUAUGGAUUCAUUUUUAAAUAAUACUCAAAAUAUUAUCAUUCAGAUCUCUGAUAUAUUAUUUGUAAAAGAUUAUUUUGCGAAAAGUAAAAUUAUUUCGUAAGAAAACUAUUCUUAAUUCAAAAUCGUUUAUGAAAGUCGAAAUUCCAGAAUGGUUUUCUAACUAUUUUUUUAAAUAAUUAUAUCCUAGUUAUAAUUUAUUUUAAUCUCAUCAUUAUUGUUAUAUUUUUUUUACUUUGAAAUGACACCUCACACUAGUGCUAUUUACAGUGAAACCUGGUUAAGUGAGACAUCAAGAGACCUACAAAUUUGUCUCACUUAUAGAGGCAUUCCUCUUACCCAAUAACUCAGAUAUCCAGAUACAAAUUAAUAUUUGUCUCAUUUACAGAGGGGUUCCAUUAAAUGAGGUCAGAAUACAGGUUAUUUCAGUUAUAAGGGUGCGAUUAUGCUUUGUAAACUAUACCUUUUCUAUUUUUAUCUCGUUGAUGUCCGCUACGAUAGAAUGUUUAUAUGUUCAUUGGCCUUAAAUGUCGUUUUUAUUAAAAUGUCUUAUGAAAGAAAUCUCAAGGAAAAUAUAUUUAUAUACAUAUUUUAUAAAAUUAUUUUUUCGAUGUUAGUUUAAUGAUUGAGUAUUCGCUAUCCUAAUAUAUAUUUCAAAUAAAUAUAUUAAUCUGUUCGGUUUCAAUCGUGAUUAAAUUAUAAUAAAAAAUUAUUAUGUAAAAUUUGUAUUUUUGGAAGAGUAAAAGAUAUAUAAUUGACUAAAUUUGGCAAGAAUAUUAGAAAAAAAAGAUACAGUAUUAUUGCAAUUGUUAUGAUGUUAAUAAAACUUGAAUGUUAUUGUUAUGAAAUUAAUAAAUUUUUUCUUUGCACCUAA